AUGCUGCAUCUGUUCUCCAUCGUGCUCCUGACUGGGCUGCUGGUAGCUGUUCUUGUUCAAGGUUUCAAGAGCCCCAGCUCCCUAAGGAAUGAGAAAAUCUACAAACAAUUGAUGCAGCUGAAGGUUGGAGUGGACAGACUUUGCCUUCCUUGCCCUUGGGAAUGGGAAUCCUUCAAUGGAAAGUGUUACUUCUUCUCCAAGUCCCAGCGUACCUGGAAUGAUUCCAUCACUGCCUGCCAGGAGGUAGAGGCCCAACUAGUCAUCAUUGAUAAUGACGAAGAACAGAGCUUCCUGCAGCGGAUGUCUGAGAAGAGAGGCCAUGCAUGGAUGGGACUGUCAGACAUAAAAAAGGAAGGCAAAUGGGUAUGGAUGGAUGGUUCACCACUGCAAUGGAGUUUCAUGAAAUAUUGGAACAAAGGAGAGCCCAACAAUGAAGGAGAAGAAGACUGUGCAGAAUUCAAAGUUGAUGGCUGGAAUGAUGCUUCAUGUACAGUGGAGAAAUACUGGAUCUGCAAGAAGUCUGCUAUGUCCUGCACCAAAAACUGAUGUCUCAUCUGUCUGUAGCACCUGUUGCCAAAAUGACCCUGUGGGGUGACUGAGCUUAACCUACAAA